CAGAACUCAAGUUGGUAGUUGCACCUCCCAACUUCGGCCAGAUACUCACAAUGAGAAUCUACGUUCGGUUUGUUUGCCGCGAUGCAGACUGAGAAUACGGCAGAUUCCAUUUAAAAUGAGCCUCAAAGCCUUUUACACCCCGAAUUCUUCUCAACUUCUCUCACCAUCCUGCGACACCACGAAAUCCUUCCGAUGGCCCCCGAUAUCCCUUCUCCUACGGGAGAGACCCUGAGUAGCGACAGCCCAGUCUCACUUCCAGAGUAUCAAGCUCCGGAGAUCGACUUAGCUGAGGUGACGCCAGUGGAGCUUCUUCACGAGUCCGAUGAUUCAAGAGUAUUCCGGGGUCGAUGGCGCGAGAAGGACUGUGUAUUGAAAAUCGUGCGUUUCGAAUCAUCACUUGAAGAGCCGUCACUAAUCUGGAUGCAGUGUCAUUUCUCCGAGGAACCUAGCUUCUUCAAAGAAUAUGAGACCGAUCCAUUUCUCCGUGAAAGCCAAGCUUACUGUCGAUUGAAGGCAUUUGGUCUCUGCGAGAAGGGCCAUAUUCCCGACUUCUAUGGAUUGAUCAAGAACAUUGUCCUCAAGACCCAGGGCUGGGAGCCACACCUUGAGGUUUUUGCUGAGGAUCCCGAACUUCCAAAUGCUUUGGUAAUCGAAUUCUUCCCAAAUUUGCGCCCAUUCGAGUUGUCGACUUACUCCGCCAACAGAGCGGAUCAGCUGAGAGCCACAGUGGUCGAGAUACAUAAGGCUGGCGUGUGGCACGGCGACAUCGAGAAGCGGAACACGAAGGUGCAAGAGGAGACAAAUAGGGUGAUCUUAAUUGAUUUCGACCGUGCCGUGACGCUCCCUCUGGACUCAAGAACGGAGACGGAGAAGGACAUUCGAGGAAAGAUGGCAAACGAAGAAGUGCUUCUUCUGGAGACGCUCGCCGAGCUGGCCGAAGACCACAAACGUGGCAAGAUCUGGUCGUCAUGGUACUGGCAUUACGGCCUUUGGAACCUGCCCAACUGGACCAAAGAGGAUUUAGCCGCUGUAGAUGUGGCAGUCCGAGCAGCAGCAGAAGGAACUUUGGCCGCAGAGAGUCCACUCCUCGUGCAUGUUGAAAGACCAUGCCAAGAUCUCAGCUAUGUGGAAUGGACAGUGUCCAGCAGCGACGAGAAGGAUGACAGCCCACUGAACUGGUAGAGUCUCGCAGCGACGAGGGGGAUGAUGGAGACAAGAGGGAUGACGGCUGGUAGAGUCCAGCAGCGAUGAGAAGGAUGACAAGGUAGAUGCAGAGCUACUUGAAAUGGCCCUGGCCCGAUUGCGAGGAGAUUCCACAUGGUCAUUGAUAAUGAAGACUAGACGACAUUACCUCCAAAAAAUCGUGCUACCUUAGACGACUAGGCGUAACUACCGAGUACAACUUGAAUGAAACAAAAAGUCAAAAUGCA